AUGGGCCUCUUCGACUCCAAGCUCAAGUUCCCCAUUCACAUGGUCCAGCUUGCCCUGGUCAUCGCGGCUCUCAGUCUCUCAGUGGCACGCAUCUUCCUCCCCAACCGCCCCAGGGGUAGAUCCGGUACCAUGGCUCUCGGCAUGGCCGCAAAGUCUCUCAUCAUCAUCGCAUACCAAGUCCUCACCGAGCACGUCGCCUCCUUCAAGCGAUGGGCCAGCCUGAAGGCCAACCUCAUCCUCAACGGCAUGGAAGUCGUCUUCUGGGCCGCGGUCGCCUACAUGGGCAUCCAGGGCAACACACAACAAUCCUGCGUGGGCGUCAGCUGCACCAUCGGCUGGAUCGUCGUCGUCGUGGGGAUCCUCCUCAGCAUGGUCGCCGGCUACGCAACCAUCAUCGCCUGGCUCGACUUCCGCUACUUCAAGGCCAACGGCGUCCGCCGCGGAUCCAUGAAGCAGACCGCCCUCGGCAGCAGCAGCGACAGCGAGGCCGGCCAGUCCGCCGAGCGCAUCGAGAUCCAGCAGCAGAGCAAGCCACAGACUGCCUCCCCUGCUCCUCGUCCCGCCGUCGCCCCUGUGCACUUCAACAAUAGCCAGCAGAACCAGUACGACGCGCCUCCUUACGGCCAGCACUAUGCUCAGCAGUACCAGCAGCAGUACCAGCAACAAUACCAGCAGCAGCAGCCUCAACAAUACCAACAGAGCCAGCAAUACCACAACCAGUACCACAACCAGUACCAGUACCAGCAGAGGCAAUGA